AUGAACAGCGCAAGGAAUCUGGUGGACGAAAUUGCGAGCAUAGGUGCGCUCGAUAGACAGCGCUCCAACGGUCAAGAUGGAGAAGGCAUGGACGAUCGAAUGGAUUUCGAUUCAAAGCACCAACACUUACAAGGCGGAGCUAUUCCUGUCUCAGCCCCGAAUCAUCUCUCUGGAAGUGCUCUGAAACUUGUUGUGGUGAACCGUGCAGCAAGAGAUGAUCUAGCAAAUAGGCUGAAUGAGGCAAAGAAUUGUUUCCUCGACCUCUGUGAACGGCAAUUAAGUGAUUUGCUUGAUGCGGCACCUUCGGGGUCACAGACAGAUAUUGAAGACGUGGACAAGCUGCUUGUAGAGAUGAGAGCAGUGAGACGAUGUAUGGAGACCAUGGUCGCUAUUGAGAAGGCGUUGGCUGAGUCUUGA